AUGCCGUAUUGUGGACACUUGGCCUCUCUUGUGGAAAAGGGUGAAAUAUGGAUCAUGGCACAGCCUACAUGUCCAGGCAAAAUCCGAGAAGCAUUUAAGGUGUUUGAUCGAGAUGGGAACGGCUUCAUCUCUAAGCAGGAGCUCGGGAUGGCCAUGCGUUCUCUGGGGUACAUGCCCAAUGAAGUGGAGCUGGAGGUCAUCAUUCAAAGACUCGACAUGGACGGAGAUGGCCAGGUGGAUUUUGAGGAAUUCGUGACUCUCCUGGGGCCCAAACUCUCGGCUGCUGGGAUGCCUGACAAGUUUAACGGGACCAAUUUUGACUCUGUGUUCUGGAAGUGUGAUAUGCAAAAGCUGACUGUGGAAGAGCUGAAGAGACUCUUAUAUGACACUUUCUGUGACCAUCUGUCUAUGAAAGACAUUGAGAACAUCAUCAUGACAGAAGAGAAUCACAUUGAAAAUCCUGAGGACUGCCAGGUCGACAUUGACACGGAGAGUCCGACCCAGCAGGUGAAGCAAACAUGCGUACGGAAGAGUCUGAUCUGCGCCUUUGCCAUCGCUUUCAUCAUCAGCGUCAUGCUCAUCGCAGCCAAUCAGGUGCUUCGCAGUGGCAUGAAGUAACCAAAACGGACCAAUCACAUUAUUAACAUAACAUAC